UCGACUGUCAACAGUGAAAACGCGCUCGCGUGCUCUCUUUCUUCGAGUUGAGUUUUAUCGGGAAAAACAAAACCGAAAGUGGUUCUAUUCCCAGCAGUGGGUUGGAUAAUCGACUGUCGUGAAGCGGGGGUAGAAGUUUGGAGUAGCGUUUGAUUCGGACGGUUAGAAAUGAUCGUGACGUGACGUCGGCCGAGUGAGUGAAACAGAACCACUCUUGGUUUUAAACCGUGUUGAGUCCGUUGGAGUUAGGAACGGUGUCCUACGACACAUACUGAAAAGUGGUUUGUGAGAAAGUGCAAACUUCUCUGAGACGCUGCCCCCCCUUAUUCAUCGAAAGGGAUAGAUAGAAAAUCCGGGGGAGAGAGCAAGACAAUCUACUGUUGGAUUCGAAAGAAGAAGUUUUUAAUAUAUAACAAGUUGCAUCAUAGUCUUAAGACUUCAGUCUUAAGAAAGUGAACCGCCAAUAAACAUCUUUCGCAAAAAAAAGAAACAAAGCAAAACAGUACUGUGCGAUGCGAUGCGGGUUAGUGAUACAUUCCGCGCGCUUUCUCGAGUUAUUGCUGAAUUUUUGAAAUCCUGUUAGGGAUUUUCCGGGAUCGAGCAGCAGCAAGGAAGUUGAGUCAUUUUACCUGAAUUGGAUAUUUUGGAUUACGAUGGAUUAUUUUUAUUUAUGGAUAUAUAACCGGAAGAAAUGUGAAUGUAUUAUGCAAAAUCUGUGAUAUGUGGUGAUGUUUCAAAUGGACUGUUGACCGUGAUGAGGACUUCUAAGGACUAAGAGUGAAAUUGUGCAAUAAAUGAAGAAAUAAAAGGUGCAAAUUUAGGAAUUGUGAGGUUUUUGUGCAAUAAACCAACAAUACGAAUUUUGAGAUAAUCACUUGGAAGAAGCGUUUCUGGAGUGAUAUUUGUUAUCAAAAUAUGGAAUCGCCUCAAAUGUACGAUACAAAUCAAAUUCAAGUGCGCAGUGAUAUUAAAAAACUAACGAUGGCAGCCAACAACAAUAAUGCAUCAACACCUAACAACAAUAACUCACCAACGGCGGUCAACCAGAAUACGUUGGCUCUUAAGCAACAGCAACAUCAGCAGCAACAACAAGCCCAGUUAAAUCCAAUUGUGCACCCUAACGGCAACGUGUUGACCAACGGGAACCUUCUAUCGAAGCAGAUGCUCCAGCAAAUCCAGUACUCCCAGAGUGAAUUGGAUGAGCUUACAUCUCAGGAAAUUUCACUGGACCUCCAGCAUCUGAUCGAUGAUCAGUUUCGUGACCCGGAGGCUCUCGGUAUAUUCACCGAAAUGGUUACCGUUGGCAGUACAAACGGUAAUGUUACGAAUCCCUUGGUACAGACAGCGGCUGCUAAAGCUCUCCAACUACAGCAGGCUCGAUUGUCUCAGCAUACCAAUGGAAAUACCAACUAUCAACGAUCUCUGGCCUACAUGCCACAGCCAGUUCACACUGGCGCUACCUAUACAAACAACUCCAGCGAUGAGAACAGCAGCGUCGGUUCUUCGGAUUCAGCUAACAUCAAAGAGGAACCGGUCGAUCCGAAUGAGUAUCGUCGCCAACUUCAGCAAGCCACGGGGGCCCAGUUCAUGGGGAACACAACAUACCAGCUUGCUGGCGGCGGUGCUGGUGGUGGAGGUGGUAGUGUUGGAACGGGAAACUACGUGACCAACGGAAAUGGUAAUACCUUCUCGAACCUUACUCCAGCUACAGUGUUACAUCACCAAGCCUUGCCACACCUCGCCGGAGCUGCCCAUCUGGCGAAUCUUACCAAGCACAAUAAGUUACUUCCGCACGUGUCCCGUAAGUCCCAGCAAAAACACGUCGAUAAGGGUACCGACGAGUACCGGAGGCGACGUGAGCGAAACAACAUAGCCGUCCGAAAGUCCCGCGAAAAAGCCAAAGUGCGAUCCCGUGAGGUGGAGGAAAAGGUUAAAGCACUUCUCAAGGAGAAGGACGUCCUACUACGAAAAAUCGAGGAAAAGAACAACGAGAUCCAGCUAUACAAGCAGCUCUACAUGCAUCUGAUGAACCACAGCAAUCCGGAGAUCAAUCAGAUCUGUCGCAGCGCGCUGAAUCUUUCAAACAUGGGUGAUCAUAUGUAGGGUUAGUAAUUUUGUGCAAUCGACUCUCCUCCCGCUUUUUUCUAGUUCUUCCUCUACAUUCAAACUCACACUACUGUACAAGAAGUAGUCUGUCUAGCUUGUAGUAAAUUAAAUCGCAUGAAACGCAUUAUUUAGUGAAAUUUAGUGAAGCGAAAAGUUUGUAAAUAUCAAUCAAAAAUUGGAGAAUAAGUGUGAGCUCAUACAAAUCGACCUUACUUUUUUGAUGAACGUUUUAGUACCAAAGACAGUAUGUAUAAAAAUGUGUAACCGGUCGGACCACCACCUUAGGGUGGUCACAAAAGUAGUAAAGAUUAUAUAAAAAUGUGCGAGGCAGUGUAAAGCUUGACUUGGAAAAUAUUUGUACAUAGACUUAAAUUUUUAUUUACCAUGCAUACAGCUGCUGAAGUGCGAGAAAGUUAUAUUUUCUACCUAACAGGACAGCUUCGACAAGACUUGUUUUUACUCCUAUUACCACCUUGUUUACCAUAUAUUUUAUUCGUUUGUGAAUGUUGAAUAAAUGUAUAAAAAUGGCUUGAAAACCAAGUGUUAUGUUUGAUCGACAGAAAGAAAAAGUCUAUUUGUGUUGAACCCUCUUGAUCGUACAUAAUUGUGUAAAGUAAUAUUUUUCGCAGCAUUAACCCAAGGUCAGUUUUGAAAUGCCUCAUAUUGGCUUCCGUUUCCCAUCGACCAACUAUAAACUUAUGUAUUUUAAUGUAUUUUAUCCUUUAUCCUUCUAGAAACUGAAAAUAGAAAUGAAACGUGAUUGCUUGAAACAAAGUUACCAAUCUCAGUCCAUUAAACUACUUUUAUUUAUGUAAUAAAUCGUGUAAAAAUCUCAUCUUGUAUCAAAUUGAACUAGUAUCAAAUUGAAAUCGAAAAGACAUUUGUUAUACUGUAUAAAUUAAAGCAAAAUCGAACAACACGCGGAAAUCGUCGCAAUAAUAAGUAAUUUCAGUAUCUGGAGCGGCUAUCGAAGCAAGCUAGGUUAAUUUUGCAUAGAGAAAGUGAUCUAGAAUUACAAUAAUAGUUACAGUAGCAAGAGGAGCGAAACCGAAAGUGAACUGAAAAUUACACACACAUACAAAACCUUUGACUUACAACUCAAGACUCGAUGGCCUAAGGUGAAAUAUAUAUUUUUCGAUUAAUUUUAUUGAGCGCAAAAUGUAAAUGAUAGUUCUAUAUCUUGAUUAUGUCAUUGACUAAUCGGGAAACUGGAAACCGGUUUGUUACCGUUUAGGCAACUGUCACACAAGUGUAGUGCAUUAGAUAAGUUAGUGGAAAUCUGGAUGUUUAUUACUUUUCUUUAACGUCGUUCGGUAGUUAUUCGAUUUACAAACAAAAACUGGGAUGCGAGUUAAACUAGUUCUUGAAGCAAGACUCUCAUAUUUCUAUAAUUAUAAAAACAAACUUACACAUGAAAAGAACCAACACAAACACAAGUAUCGUAUUUUUCUCAGCUUGAAAAGUCUGUUUUGAAAAU